AUGACAAGUCGCAGCAGCAAGAAGCCGCUACAGCUGACGCGCGUGAAGGACCUGAGCCCUUCGCUUUGCAGCAAGGAGGUGAACGUGAAGAUAAUCGUUCUAGAAUGCAAUGCUAAAGACGAAGGCAAUACCAGCAACAACGCGACGCUGCUGGUGGGAGACGACUCGGGUUGCGUGAGCCUCGUGCUGCCCAAGACGACGGCGCUGCAGGUGCAACUGGGAGACAUUUUAUUUUUAUCAGGAACACAGGUGGUGCUGAAGAGCAAUCGGAUUUAUUUAUGGGGAGGCAAGGUGGAGCGCGUGGGCGAGUUUCUGCUACUCUUCAAGGAGAGCGCUAAUGUCAGCAACGUCACGUGGGUCAAGGACCCCAAAAAUCCUGACGUCCUGAUCCCGGGACGCAACCCUGCCAAACGUCCAAAGCCUCAGACUGCCAAGUAA